UUCCGGUUCCAACAUGGCAGACGACGUGAACAGAAGUUGCUAGCUGGCAUUUCUUUGCAUCGAGUUAGUGCUACGCCUGGCCACAUGCUAGUUUCAUUAGGAUAGAAUCUGUGCAAGAUAUGCCUGCUACAUCAUGAAGUUGAAAGUGCGUUUAAUCAUCUUUGCCUGUGCUGCCUUCAUGCUGUUUGUGUCCUUCAAGAUUUUGGAACCAGAGAUCAGGAGACGACAAGGGACAGGUGAUGAUUCUCAGAUAUAUGAGGGUGGUGUGCCCCUUGGGGCAGUGAUCAAAAACCAGGUGGAGGAGUUCAAAGUUGACUGGAAACACUCAUUGGGGGGGCAGUCACCCUGGACAAUUGCAGCCAAGUGGAUAGAGAAUAGGCACAUACAUCCAGAGAAGACACCAGAACUAGGAGCAAUCUUGCGAGAACUUGCAACCAGACCAAUAAUUGCUGCUGAUGUUGGAUUCAAAGGGACUCAACUAAAGCUGUCUUUAACUCUAAAAGGGGGUCAAACUGUGGCCUUUAAACCAGAAUGGUAUGCAAGAAAUGAUAUCAUAAAUGGGACACCCUAUGCAGGACGAGAUCGACACAAUGCAGAAAUAGCAGCUUUCCACCUUGGAAGACUGCUACAUUUCCGCCGCACUCCCCUGGCAGUGGGAAGAAGGGUGAACCUCCAGACUGAGAUCAUGCCUGUAGCCACGCCAGAACUACUCACAACCUUCUUCACCAAAGGUGACAACAACUGUUUCUAUGGCAAGUGCAUGUUCUGCAAGGGUCCAGAUGACGGAGUAUGUGCAAAAGGUCAAAUACUAGAGGGUACUAUAAUCUUGUGGCUGCCGAGUGAGUGGACCCUGAAAACAGUACGACAUCCGUGGUCCCGUACUUAUUCAAGAAAACGUAUAGCAAAAUGGGAAACAGACUCGGACUACUGCAGCAAGGUCCUGAUGGUGAAGACUUACAGUUCAGGCACCUUGCUUCUUGAUCUCAUCGAUACAGCAAUAUUUGACUACCUCAUAGGCAAUGCUGAUCGCCAUCAUUAUGAACACUUUAGCCACAGCAAAGAAAACAUGGUGCUUAUUCUCGACAACGCCAAAAGCUUUGGUGAUCCUGAUAUGGAUGAAAGAUCAAUUUUGGCUCCACUUUAUCAGUGCUGCAGGUUCCGUUUCAGCACAUGGCAACGUCUCCUUGCACUCCAAGAUGGUGUCCUCAGUGGGGUAAUGAAGGAAAUUCUGGCCCAGGACCCAGUUGCUCCCAUCUUGACAGAGGAGCAUCUCAAGGCCAUGGACAGACGACUUCUUAACAUACUCUUGGAAAUGGAAAAAUGUGUAGCUAAAAAUGGGAUGACUGGGAUUGUGAUGGACCACUCCUAUCAUUGAUAGGUUGUCUCCCUUGCUGUUACCAGGUGUAGCACAUGUACUUAAUGAGAUGUCUAAUAUUUCAUGAUGUGUCCUAGUCCACAGAUUCAUCUGAUUAGUGUGAAACCAUUUGAUAGUUUGUAUAGUUUAAAGCGGGUACUAAAAAAUAUUGUCUCAAACAAAAAUCCACCCCCAUGAUAUCAUCUUCCCGAGGCAAGGGAGUUAACUGACUUUAAUAGUCCAGAUUCCACCCUUGCCGAUCAAGGCUGGAAUUCUGGAGUUGCGUUUCAGCUGGUAUAACGGGUCUAUGCACAGUCCAAUCAAAAUUGUGUAACGAACUAGACAUCCGGUUCGUAAACAACAUGGAUUUCAAUGUGCAGAUUUUGGUUGACUGCUGGAUUUGCAAAGCAUGUGUACCGUCAACUUUGCGGCAGACAUAUACUUUGCUAAUCGUUCAUGUUUUUGAUCAAGGUACUCAAGUGAUUUGAUGCACUUUCCAGGGUAAGACCAGUUUUAUAACAGUAUAGGCCUUUUUUAUCAAUCAGAUCGUCUUAACUGGACGCUGCCAUUUUGUGUCAGUUGAUGCCCUUGCCACGGGAAGAUGACCACCUGAAUAUUCAAUGGUCAUUCUCUUAUAACGAGGCUCAACAUUGAACUUUGUUUCAAAGUACAUUCAAGCCUCAUUAAGUGUACCAAGCUAACACAUGAAAUCCCACAAUGGAUAGUUUUGUUAAACUCCGACUGAACUAGUAUUUUUUGUAUGUCUUAUUUGAUUCUUGAUACUUACUAUAUACUCUUUUAGGUACCAUUGAUUGAGUUUGGAGAGAGAAUUUGAUUGUAUGACGUCAGAAGAAAUAUUUGUAUAAACAAUUAGGUGAUGAGUUGCAUUCAGGCUGCACACUUGACAAUCUCUUGCUGACAUUGAAUGUUAAUUACUGCUGUAUAAUUGUCAAUCUUAUAUCAAUCAGGUUUAUUGUAUUUAUUUGCUAUGAUAUUAUUCAGCAUUGAUACUUCCUGUUUAUGACAUCCAAUGUCAGUGUAUCUGUGCGAUCAUAUUACAUGUUUGUGAUGGAAUCAUACAAUUUGGGUAAAGGGAAUUCUUAAUAAGUAGAUUAUUUGGCUUCAUCUCUUGAAUUUCUAGAGUUGAAUCAUGUGUCUUUAUUCUGUCUUGAUCUGUGUUGAUAUGCAAUUUACCCAUCAUGCCAAAAAAGACAAUCAAGUUUUGUUUGUGCAUUAUGCAGAGAAAUGACAGUUGCACUUUCCUCAGAGUACUUUUCAGAGAUUUAACAUUCAGAUGUACUGUUAUUAAUGGGUGUCAAACACUUUUUUACACAGAUGUGGGGUUACAGAUGUGGUGAUGUGGUUAUGUGGUACACAUGUGGUUAUGUGGGGGUACUGAUGUGGUGAAGUGGUACACGUGUGGUUAUGUGGGGGUACUGAUGUGGUGAAGUGGUACACGUGUGGUUAUGUGGGGGUACACAUGUGGUACACGUGUUUAUGUGGGGGUACACAGGUGGUUUGUGGGGGUACACAUUUGUUAUGUGGGGGUACACAGGUGGUUAUGUGGGGGUACAUCUGUGGUUAUGUUGGGGCACACAGGUGUUAUAAGGAGGUACACAGGUGUUAUGUGGGGGUACACGGGUGGUUAUGUGGGGGUACAUAUGUGGUUAUGUGGGGGUACACAGGUGUUAUGUGGGGGUACACAUGUGGUUAUGUGGGGUACACAGGUGUUAUGUGGGGGUACACAGGUGUUAUGUGGGGGUACACAGGUGGUUAUGUGGAGGUACAUAUGUGGUUAUGUGGGGGUACACAGGUGUUAUGUGGGGGUACACAUUUGGUUAUAUGGGGGUACACAGGUGUUAUGGGGGGGUACAUAUGUGGUUAUGUGGGGGUACAGAUGUGGUUAUGUGGGGGUACAGAUGUGGUGAUGUAGGGGUACACAUGUGGAUAUGUGGGGGUACACAUGUGGUUAUGUGGGGGUUCACGUGGGUAUGUGGGGUAACACAGGUGUUAUGUGGGGGUACACAUGUGGUUACGUGGUGGUACACACGUGGUUAUGUGGGGGUACACAUACCGGUAUGUAGUAGUAAUGUAUUGUGAUAUUUGAAAGCCAUGUGGUCAGAUUGAGGGUGGACACAAACAGGUUUGUGGUGCAAAAGUUACCCUUUUAUAAAUUGAACAAGGUGGACUUCUCUAUAAAGGCUGCUUUUGAAAUCUCAUUUCAUAUAGAUCUCACACAGGUAUAUACUACUCAAAAAUAGUUAAAGAACACAUGACCAUGACAGAUUAACUAUAGCAAUAUCAUGUUGACUAGUACAUAUUGUUAGUUGAUAUAGCAUUCUGUGCGCAUUGAAGAUCAAAACCUGUUAAUUA